UCUUCUCAGUGCCAGUGCUCUACAGGCUUUCAUACAGUCAACUUCGAGACAGGAGCAGUUUAUAUCAGGUUUCUUCUAGGAGGCCGUGGGAAUCGCACACUCCUCACUGAAUAACUGGAUAUCAGGUUGGAGCAAGUGUCCUUCAUCCUGCCAAGAAGUUGUCCACAUGGAGGUUUGUGAGAAUAUGAAGGGAUGGAGGCGGCACAGCCGAGCCGGAGCACUCAAGAGCGUGAUUGGAGUGAUGCUACUGGGACUCCGCUUCACCCAGUCCGUCCACCCACAGGCCACCUGUUCAGCACCUGUGACCCUGCAGAAUCUCACCCAACCUAAUUAUGAGGUCCCAGCGAAGGAGGUCACUGGUGUGGGCUUUAUGUCAGCCUUUGUCCAGUCCUUCCUCAACACAGUUCAGCCAAACCCACUUCCAAGAGAUUUGAUCUUGAGAAUAGUUCGUCUUCCAGAAAAUGUGCUGUCAAAUGAAGAAAUCAAAAAAGUCCUGGUGUAUGAAGUGGGUUUCCUCGUGUGUGUAGCCAUUGGUGUACUGUACAUCGUUCUGAUGCCCAUAGUUGGACUCUUCCUGGCUUGCUGCCGUUGCUGUGGCAACUGUGGUGGGAAGUUGUACCAGAAGCAGACAUCCUCUGUUGACUGUCUCAGAAGAACUCUCUACUUGAGUGCUCUUGUAACUACAAUCAUUAUCUUUGCUGGGAACAUCUGUAUGUUCAGAAGUAAUGAAACUCUUAAAAUGAGUAUGCGCCAGAGUCCAGAGGAGCUCAAUAAAACAAUAGACAACAUUUAUACCUUCAUCACUGCUGUGCCUCAGCAAGUUGACUUUGUGGUGAACGAGAGCUAUAAAACUGUACAAGAGGUUAACAGAAACCUAGAUGCCAUUGGAACUCAGUUGGGAACAGAAAUCCAGCAGCGCUUCAGAGGCACUCUGGACCCAGCUCUGCAAUCAGUUAGACAUCUAGACCAAGAGUUCGUAAACAUGUCUGUUCAGUUGAACAAACUGAACUCGUCUUUGGCCCAGCUCCAGUCCAGCAUGGAUCAUCUUCAUCACAACGUCACUGAUGUUAAAAAUAAGCUCAAUGACACAAUGUCCAACCCAAACUGCCUUGGAUGUACAGAGCUAACACCAGAGCUAGAGAAACUAACACUGGAUAGUACCAUUACGGCUCCCAGCCUGCUUGAACUUCAGUCUGCAUUGGAUGAAGUCAUCAAAAUCAAUCUCCAGUCCAAAAUUGAUGAGAUAGAGGAAUAUUUACACAGCAUCCCACAGAGGGUGACCAAUGACACCAAAGAUGUUGUUCAAAAAUCCAAGCAGCAGCUGGAAGACAUAAAAGAAAAAAUUUCCCAGCUUUCCAGCCAAAUCCAGUUGUCAGAGUUGGACGAUGUAGCAGAGACUCUAAACCAGGUGAAGGGUGAGAUGGAAAGGGUCUUACCUGAAGCAGAGAGAGCAGAGUAUAUCAGGUGGAGUGUAUGUAAAGUCAUGUGCUGCGUGGUCCUCCUGGUAGUAGUAUGCAACCUUCUGGGGCUGGUUCUAGGCCCUCUGGGUCUGACCCCAAAGGCAGAUCCCAAAAAGCGCUCCUGCACAGCAGACUGCGGAGGCACCUUCCUCAUGAUGGGUGCAGGUUUCAGCUUCCUUUUCUCCUGGUUGUUCAUGAUAGCAGUGCUGCUGCUGUUCAUACUGGGAGGAAACAUUUACACUGUGAUCUGUAGGUCAUGGAAAAAUGGACAGCUGCUAGAGUUAAUUGAUGAUCCAGGUUUUCUUGAAGGAUUAAACAUAAAUCCAGCUUUAGGUCUCAAAGCCAAUGUCAGUUUCUCUGAUAUCUACAGAGACUGUGAAAUAAACCAGCCUGUGUGGACGACGUUUCACUUGGACGAACAUGUAGACCUUGAAGACCUGCUCAAUGUUUCUAAAUAUACUGCACAGGUCCAACAGGAUUUUGAGAACAUAGAUAUCACUCUACCAUCAGUCACUCUCCUGAGCCCCGAGGUUAAAAACCAACUCAGCAAACUCUCCGCUAAGGCUGAAAGUUUAAAUGCCACUGCUUUCACAGAGCAGAUUAAAAAUUUUUCCAGCAUCAAUUUGAAUACAACAGCAGAUAAACUUGACAAUUUUGCAAGAAAUCAGACAGUAGAUGACACUCGAAAUGAACUCUAUAACGAAGCCAUAAAACUGAGGCAGAUCCAAGCUGACAUUGAGACAAUCAUCAUUCCACAGCUGGAAAACCUGAAUUCAGCUAUCAAGUCUACUGUGGAAAAAUUAAAUAGAACACUGGAGGAGGACCUGGGCCAUAUCAGAGCAGCACAAGACAUUCUCAACACAAAUACAACACAGAUCAUCAAGACCGAGAGCAGAAAGUUUUUGGACUGUCAGCUGGAUUAUUUCACUGCUUAUGCUGACUGGGCCAGACUCAUGAUCACGCAGCAGGUGGGCCGCUGUGGGCCAGUGGCUAGCGCUGUGGAUUCUGCUGAGGUCAUCCUCUGUGCUAAUGUGGUGGAGGCUCUGAAUGCUUUCUGGUUCAGUCUGGGAUGGUGCAUGAUCUUCUUCAUCCCCAGCAUCAUCUUUACUAUCAAACUAGCAAAGUACUACAGGAGAAUGAAGUACUCUGAUGUCUUUGACAAUCACAUAAUCAUGAACCACAUCCCCCGGGCUCAGAUGAAAUUCACCUGAGAGGACGGCACAUGUUUAGUACAGCUUUAGAAAUACACAAAUGUUGUAUCUCCUGAUGAAAUUGGACCACAUGGGGCACUCCUCCACAGAUGUGGCCCAUUGCAACUUUGGUAAAAUGAUUGAAACAAGUGAUACCUACUUGUUUUUUUUUUGUUUUUUUUAAUUCCAGUUUUAAUAAUAAACUAUAGAGGGGGAAAAAAACCCUUAUAAAGUAAAUGCACUGUUCAAAAUCUUUUUUUUUUCAAUACAACAGAUACGUUCUAUAAACAACUCAGGGGUACAGGGAAUAAGGGAAACUGCAGGGAUUUCUGUCAGUAUGCUGAUUACUGUAUAACAUAAAUCUUUUUUCAUUUGAUUUCUGAACUGAGCUGCUAAUGAGAUGUCUCGCUUUAUGACUGAUUUCUUUUUUUCUUGAGAAUUUCAUCCAUGCAUUUGUACUGUUUUUAUGCUGUUCUCAGAAUUUACACACACGUACACAAUAAGUCCAUGUGUCUUAGUGUUGUGAUUUGGCAAAUGCUUUUCAUACCACGACAUUACUACUGUUGAAAACUUAAUAAUGAUCCAAGAUUUUCAUGUUUUCUUCGUAACUUUCAUGAUUUACUAAUGAUUUUUGUAUUACUUUGUACUAAAAUGUAUAUUGUAUUUUAUUUUUGUUACACAGCACUUUAUAAGGUCUAUAAGAUCAAUGUGAUUAUGAAAGGUUGUGAACCGGCUCUUAAAAUGAAUAAAAAAUGUGACUGAUCAACA